AAAUCAGCUGUCAAUGAUACACAACAUCGAUACGACUACCAGAAACAGUUCACAACAUAUGUCCAAUCAGAAUUGUUCGUAUUUAGUACCAAUUCCUCUAUAGAACUUCGAAAUGGUAGACGAAGGAACUCGAAAAACACUCAGCAGUAUUCCACUGUUACAAACAAAAGCCGGUCCUCGGGAGAAAGAUCUCUGGGUCAAACGUUUGAAGGAAGAAUAUCAAGCGCUAAUCAAGUACGUCCAGAACAAUAAAUCAUCCGAUUCUGACUGGUUUCGACUUGAGUCAAACAAGGAAGGCACCAAAUGGUUUGGCAAAUGCUGGUAUGUUCAUAAUCUGUUGAAAUACGAGUUCGAUGUUGAAUUCGAUAUUCCAGUGACAUACCCGACGACAUCGCCCGAGAUUGCACUUCCAGAACUAGACGGAAAGACGGCAAAAAUGUAUCGAGGAGGAAAGAUUUGUCUCACGGACCACUUUAAACCACUAUGGGCAAGGAACGUACCCAAAUUCGGCAUAGCACACGCUAUGGCAUUGGGGCUAGCGCCAUGGUUAGCGGUUGAGAUUCCGGACCUGAUAGAAAAAGGUGUCAUUACAUACAAGGAGAAGGGGUUGUCUACACAAUCUCCGUAGUAUUAUUUUUGUUUGUUGUUGUGAAACUUUUAUGUUAUUUACUUAAUAUACGUCCCGCUUUUGGCAAGAUAUA